UAUGCAUUUAAUAUACUCAAAUAUUUUUAAAAAUAGAAUACAUAAUUUUUGUUUUUUGAUAUAAUAGUCGAUAAACCCUUUAUGGUAAAUGGAAUAAACCUCGGGUAGUAAUACAUUAUACAUGGACAUUGACAAAUUGGAAGAAAAUAAGCGUCUCAGUGCGUAUUUAGAUUUUAUAUCUAGCACAACCGAAUUGAUUAAUAUUGAAGAAGACAUCGAUGAAAAUGAACUUGAUAAAUCGGUGAAUACUGACGAGAAAUACGAAAUACUUGACCAAGCUUUUAAAAAAAUGAGAGAUAACUCUACUAAUAAGCCACUUUACAAAAGCAUUAAGGUAGACAUAAAAGAAUUACCAUGGAUAAAAUAUCAAUUGUUGGUUAAAGGUAGACAGAAAGUUUAUAAUAAAAAUCUAAAACAGGAAAUUUACUCCAUGACUACAGCGAAGAAUUGCGCCAAUAAUGAAAUGACUGAUACUAAAGUAGAAAGGUUAUCAUUUAAGUACAUAUGGGGAGAUCUUCUAAAUUUGAAAAGUACCAAAGAAUUGUGUAAAUAUUUGAAGAAAAACCCAGACUUGGAAAAGCCAAAACAUCUCGUGGACGUUGGCUUUUUCGACAACAACCAAAAAAAAAAGAAACAACAAAAAUAAAUCUUCAGCUGCACACAAAAAACAUACAAGGUUAUAGAUUUGGAUUUUUCCUUGUUUCUAGUUUUUAAUAAACCAUCGUCUACGAGAUGUUUUAGCUUUUACAAA